AUGGCUAAAAGAAGAAGAAUUGUAAAGCCAAAAGACCCAGAAAAUAAAUUAGAUGAUGUGGAAACGGAAUUUGUUGAAGAGGAUACUAGUAUAAAUGAUCCUGAUGUGAACGAUGAAGAUAUAACUAAUAAAGACGACGAUGAAGAAGAUUAUGAAGAAGACGAAGAUAUGAAAGAUGAUAUAGAAACUACUAGUGGUAGAGGUAGGAAAAGAAAAGCAGCAGCAUUAAAAGAUGAUGACGAUGAAGACGAAGAGGAUCCAGAUGUAGCACAUGAUGAUGAACUACCAGAGGAAGAAGAACAUGAUGACGAAGAAGAUGAAGAAGAUGAAGAAGAAGAAGAAGAUAAUGCAGCCAAUGGAGAAGAAGGAGAAGAAGGAACAACUAAACGUAAAAGAGGUAGAAGAAAAAUAGAAAAACAUUAUGUAUAUAAUGAAAGUGAUGUAUUUGAUGAAAAUGGUAAUCCAUUAAAUACAGAUAAUGAUGAAAUUCGAAUUCCCAAUGAAGAUCCAAAAGGUCAAGCUAAAAUUGAUGAAUUAGGUUAUUUACAAGACGGUCGAGAAUUCAGAAUCAAAACAUUCAAAUUAUUAGGUCAUGGUGAUAGAUUAUACAUGAUCUCAACAGUACCUGCAAGAAUAGUUGGAUUUAGAGAUUCAUACUUACUAUUUAAAACUCAUCGUACAUUAUUUAAAAGAGUUUGUGAUAACAAUCAAAAACAAGAUUUAAUAAAUCGUGGUAUAAUCCCCAAUUCAUAUAAAGGAAGAGCAGUAAAUUUAGUAACUGCAAGAUCUAUAUUCAGAGAAUUUGGUUCCAAGAUGAUAAAAGAAGGUAAAAAAGUUAUAGAUGAUUUUUGGGAACAAAGAGCUAUCGAUAAUGGUGAUAUACCUGGAGAAUACGCAGAUCCCGAUGAAUUAUAUAAAAAUAAACUUUCGAGUGUUUUAGGUGAAGGUAUAACUUCGAAUAAUUCAGGAGUUGGGACAGGUGGUAAUGCAACACCAUCAGCUCCUGCUCCAAUAGUAAAUUAUCAAACUGAUGAAACUUGGAUGUAUCAAAUUGCUCGAAAAACAUCAGAAUAUAAUCAAAAAUUAUUAGAUUCAAGAUCACAAGUAUUACAAACUGGGUAUAGAGAUGUUUUUACAAAUAUUGUACAUUUCCCAACUUUAACUCAACCUACAAAAAUGACAUAUAAGAAAUUUCAAAAGGAUGAUACUAAAAAUAAUAUAUUUUUAAAAUAUGAUUUAAUUUAUCAUACAAAGAAUAUAAAGAGACCUGUCACUGGUUUGGCUAGUGUCUCAAAAGAUUUAAUAAAUGAAAUAGAUGAUGAUGAAAUUAGAAAAGCAAUAAUUGAUCAAAUUAAUUAUGAAAAAGAAUCAGUAUUAUAG